GAGAGACUAGGCAAGUGUAAACCUUGCAGAAAGGCAGAGAGUGAGAGAUAGAUUGUAAGUGUAAAUAAAAGAACGGGGAGGGAGAGAGGGAUCGAGAGAGAGAGAGAGAGAGAGGCAAAAAGCGAGGGCAUGGUAAAAUAAAAGCCUAAAGGGCUGACUGAGAGAAAUGUAUAUAUAGAUAGAUGAGGAGAUAUAAGAAGAGGGAGCGCUGAAGAGGCAGAAGAGCGAGAAAGAGAGAGAGAGGGAGCUGGAGAGACUGUUUUAAGAGGUGCACUGUCGGGGCUAAGGGCGAUCCCAGACAGAAUCAGACCGAGAGACAAAGAAGAGAAGAGAGACGUGGACACCAUGUUGAGGAGGAAGAGGAGCGUGUCGUUCGGGGGGUUUGGGUGGAUUGACAAGAGCACUGUCAGUGCCCUCAGAGCACGCAAACAGGAGAUGCUGACCAUCUCCAACGUUCCACUGGUAGACUGCCCCCCUUCUCCUCCCCGCACCGCUCCCCCCACCAUCAAGACGGCCCAUUUCUUUGACAUGAUGGAGAAGAUGGAGCAGGUGCCAGAGGCUGCAGAGACCAGGACAGGGCCUCAGAGACUAAAGGAUGACUACAUCCCCUACCCAAGGAUAGAUGAGGUGUUGGAGAGGGGGGGCCCAUACCCCCAGGUCAUCUUGCCUGAGUUUGGGGGCUACUGGAUCGAGGACCCUGAGGCCCCCACCCCCCCGCCCCUGUCCCUGGAGAUAAGCCUCUGUGAGAGAGACGAGGGAGGGGGAGGGGAGGGGGAGGACACCCCCCCAGGGGCUUAUGGGUACCGCCUGGAAAGCAACGACGCCGCCCGCGCCUACAGGAAACACUUCCUCGGCAAGGAACACUUGAAUUUCUACUGCAUGGCCAGUAGUCAUGGCAACCUCAUUCUGUCACUGAGGCAUGAAGAGGUGAAGGAUCAGGAGAGCCUGCAUGUCAUCGUGAGGUCCAGGGUGAAGACUGUGUACGACAGAAUAUCACUCACAGACCUCCCAGGGCUGCCUAGUGUGCCCCAGCUGGCCAAGCUGCUGUGUGAAGAUGCUGUUGGGCUGCGGUUCAGUCCAGUGCUGUACCCUAAGGCCUCCCAGCUGAUUGUGAGCUAUGACGAGCAUGAAGUGAACGACACCUUCAAGUUUGGGGUCAUCUACCAGAAGUUGGGCCAGGUGUCGGAGGAGGAGUUGUUUGGGAACACUGAGGAGACUCCAGCAUUCACAGAGUUUCUUAGUGUGCUGGGAGACACGGUGGAGCUACAGGACUUUAAGGGAUUCCGUGGCGGUCUGGACGUGACUCACGGACAGACUGGUUCUCAGUCUGUGUACACCAUCCACCGAGAACAAGAGAUCAUGUUUCACGUGUCGACGAAGCUACCCUACACAGAGGGAGACACUCAACAGCUCCAGAGGAAGCGACACAUAGGAAAUGACAUCGUAGCAGCCGUGUUCCAGGAAGAGGCCACGCCCUUUGUGCCGGACAUCAUCGCAUCGAACUUCCUCCAUGCCUUCAUAGUGGUGCAGGUGGAAAACGGCUGCUCGGAAGACACCACUUACAAGGUGUCCGUCACAGCCAGAGAGGAUGUCCCUCCGUUUGGCCCGCCCCUACCCAACCCUGCAGUCUUUAAAAAGGGACCGGAGUUCAGGGAGUUUCUGCUCACCAAGCUGAUCAAUGCAGAGACAGCCUGCUACAAGAGUGACCGCUUUGCCAGACUUGAGGAGCGGACACGGGCCGCCCUGCUGGACGGUCUCCAUGACGAGCUGCACAGACACACCCAGAGCAUGCUGGGAGUGGGCGUCGGGCCUGACGAUGACCGGGCGGAGAACGGCCACGCCCACGGAGGCCUGCUGGAGUCCAUCAAGAGGGCAAUGCGAGGGCGCAGUGUCUCCAUGGAGAUGAUGGCGAAGGGUGGAGGGGGCCUGCCCACUAGUCUGACACACAGUAGUUCUGAGACAUCUAGCGUAAAGUCUCCAGUCAAGAGACGCUCUGGUCUGUUUCCCCGCCUCCUCAGUGUAGACAGCCAGACAGAGAGACAUAGUCAUCGCAGUCUCCAUAGUGACCAGAGGAGCUUUGAUUGUAGCCAUGUGAAGUCAGAGACGCCCUCAAACCCAAGCUCUCCAGAGGCCUGUCCCCACAAGGAAAGCACCGGAAGUUUUAGUACCGCAGUAGGAGAGGUAGAAAUAGUAGAUGACUCUGACCCUAACAGUCUGGCCGCAUCACUCCUCCCUCCAAUCACUGUGGAAGGUCAAAGUUCAGGAACCCCAGUCAUCAUGUGCCGGAGUCCCACAGAAUUUAAGAAUAAGAGCUCACCUAGAUCCAACUUGAAGUUCCGUUUUGACAAGCUCAGCCACUCUGCUGCGGGACACUAGGUGGUAACAGAAAUAGAUGAAAGAACUGAUGAAUCGGUAUUUAAGGCAGCCUGCCUGAACCGAUAAAGAGCUGGAUGGCUGAAUGCGGCUGGACGAACAGUCAGACAGAGGCUACAGGCAGAAAGACAGACAGACAGGCAGGCAGAAAUACAGGCAAGCAUACAUACAUACUUACAGAUAGCCAGACAGACCAACAUACACUACUCACAGGAACCAUAAUGGAGACCCAAGCAGAGUCCUGCUCGGUGAUGGUAAAAGGGGAGUGGUUCACGUCCACCCAGCUCUGUUGAGACCUUAGGAGAAAAGUCCAAACCAGUCACUGCAUCACACUGACACAAAUAACAGAAUGAACAUCAAUAAGAGUGUGGUAUUUUGUUUAUGAGACAAAAAACAUUUUGGAAAAGGAGAAAUGUAUUUGUUUGGCAUACAACUCUUUACUAUUUAUUGGUAAAGGAUGUUUUAUUGUUUGUGUUCGCAAUUGUCUGAAACAAUUAUCCCUGCAAAAGAAGCAGAAAACUGCCUUGUGAUGUCAAGUGAAAUCAAAACAUGCACUAAAUGAUGCGGUUCUGAAUAUUUCCCUGUGUGAUCACAUUUAUGAUAUUUAUAAAUGUGUCACACCGAAAAUAUGAUGGUUGGUAUUUAAUGUAUUUAAUUGCACUGAAAGCACAGAAUCCCUAUUUUCUAAUCAUGCACCUUCCCUAUUUAAAAUGAAACUGUAUCUGGUGUUUAUCAGUACUGUCAUAAAUGAUCUUUGUAAAGUACAGAGUUAAACAGUAUGUACACUCAUUUUCACAUUAAGAAAUAUAUCAGAAAAAAAACAUAAUCCAAAGAUCUAGAUUUAUCUAAUGGCUGCAAACAGAACAUAGUG